AACCGCGCGACCUUCUCCUUCUUUCAUCUGAUGAGCACAGCAAAGCAGCUGACGAACGUGGUCAAAAAGAGAUCUCCGCCCGCGCGGCAAGUGCUUCUACGUUGCAGCUUCCAGAAAAAGGGACAGCAGAAGCGUGCUCGAAAGCGCAAAACAUCAAGCAGACUUCUUCUUCAGCCAGCUCUAGACUUCUACCAGGUUUUCCUGCAGGCGUGCAAGGUGUAGCGGCACAAGAUACGAAACUUCCCGGCAUGCAUCUACGGGAUAUCUCCUUCGGGGAGGAAGCGGAAUCUCCUGCCCGGCACGCAAGCACAGCUUGCCCUGUUGAUGGUCACAAUUUGCGUGGAAAGCGAAGCCUGCUACUAGAUGAGAACUAUGGGGAAACUCCCCGCCGGCUGCUUCGAGGGAUGACGUCAGGUGUGCAUGAAUCUGAAACCCGGCGUGCGCAAAAUGAGUUUGUUUCCAACGAUGUCCAAAUCAAUGACGCGAG